AUGCAACUCAGCCGACAAGGCUUCAGUGGUGCUCAAGUGCGACAAGGAUGCGAUGCAACUCAAGCUCGAACUCCGCAAGCUGUGAAAACUGGAUAUUUUGAUAUGUCAAAUGUCUUUCACGAUGCUAUCAUGGGAAAGGAUGAGAAUGGCAAUGAUGUCUAUCUUAUUCCAUGUCCUGCUGGUACGACAAAUGUCGAACUUCAAGCUGACUGGCACUAUGCUAGUGAAGAUGAAGAUUUGCCUGAUCUUGCUACUGAAGCAGAUCGAGGUCUGCAGUUUAUUCAAAGCUGCAGAAAGGAAAGAGAUCCAUUUGGGUUGUACGAUCAUGUCAUCAUGGACAGUGGUUGUACAAACACCACCAUUUGUAGUGGUGAGCUUAUGCAUGGACUCCGUCAUGCUGAGAAAGAACUUGACAUGCACACUAACGUGGGCAGCAGAGUUCUCGACGAAGAAGGUUUUCUAGGAAGAUUUCCACCUCCAGUUUAUCACAAUGAAGAUGGAAUUGCCAAUGUACUUGCUAUGCGCGAGAUGAUUGCUGUGGGAUACCGCAUUACUAUGGAUACUGAUGCUGACAAUGCAUUUAUUGUGCAUUGUGAUGGAAACAGAAAGAUGCGAUUUGUGAAUCGUAAGGGUGUGUAUGUGUUGGAGCAACUUGGAGCAAAUGUCAAACCAGGUGCCAAAGAGACAAGUGCGAUGUACCGUCGCCAGUUAAGCAACUUCAAUAAUCAACCCCAUUUGAACUUUCUUCAAACAAACAGAAUGGAUAUGCUGGACUCAACUUGGACAAUAUGUUCAUGCAAUUGGGACAGAUUCCAACAAUUUGAUGGAACGGGACCUACGAAGGGACAACGUACUGGGCACCAAGUGCUCAACCUCAAUACUAAGAAGAUGAUUUCCCAACCCAAGGUCGUUGUACUACCCGUUACCGAUCAAGUAAUCCAGCAUGUUGAAGCUUGGGCUGCUGCCAAAGGUGUUACUUCCAUGAACUUCUUUGAUAAGAAAAGAGAUUUGGAGACAUUUCAGGAUGGCAAUCAAAUCGCAGGAGUGGAUGACACGGAACAAGGUUACUUAGAAGAAGCCUUUGAUCAGGACUAUGAACCUGAAGAUGAAGAUGAAUGUGAAUUCAACCUACAUGGACAAUUUGAAGAUAUCGAUGACUCCAAAAGAGAAGAGCUCUUGGCAGAUGCAGACAAUGAUAUGCCAGAACUCACUGUCAGAUUCCAAGGAGAUGAUAACUAUGAAUCAGACAACGAUUCGGGUGAUGAGGCGAUGAAGAGGAAGAACCUAUUGUGGCCAAUUUGGAUCACCAUCGAGAAAAUGUCGAUAGAGGAACUGAUGAUAUUGGGAGCCUUGUUACUGGUCUGGAGGACCUACAAGAGCCGCCAGAAGAAGAGAUUGUAUUGGAGCCUGAAAUGCCUCAAGUAG